GUUCCCCGUUCGCGUCCUCUAUGCUCGGCGUCCUUGGAAAUCGAUGAAAUUACUCGCCGGAAGAAACGGGCACGACGGUGUAUUGAGAAAUAACUGAGAGAGGAGCGGAACAUUCAUAAUUGAUUGGCCGGAGGGAAAACUCGCAACAAAAGAGAAUGCACUACGGUUGAAUGUUGGGGGCUGGCUGGGAAAUUCAGGGCCAAGCGCAUGGAAAACAACACAGCACCAUGGAUGGUGGUUACUUUGGAUAGUAACCGUUAUAGCCUGAUCACGCACUGCACUGCUUAGAGAGAGAGAGAGAGAGAGAACGCAAGGGCAAUAUUGUCAUUUCGUUUUUGGUGAAACUCUGUCGUUCCGUUUACACGUACGGAAGGAAAAUUUUACUCCACUUGGACCGCUCAGUCUGUAACUCCAGUGAGAUCUGUCUUCUCUCUCGCCCUCUCUGUCUCUUCGCUCGCACAUCGGAUCAAUCAGUGGAGGAUAUGGAUUCAUCCGCAGUGCUAUUUAAUCAGCUCAAGACAGCGGAGCCAUUUUUCUUAUUAGCGGGUCCCAAUGUAAUUGAAUCUGAGGAACAUGUUCUACGAAUGGCGAAGCACAUAAAGACUAUUGCAUCAAAAGUUGGGCUACCUCUGGUUUUCAAGUCAAGCUUUGAUAAAGCUAACAGAACAUCCUCAAAAUCAUUUCGAGGCCCUGGCAUGAUUGAAGGCUUGAAGAUACUUGAGAAGGUAAAACUAGCGUAUGACAUUCCUAUAGUGACUGAUGUCCACGAAGCUAUCCAGUGUGAACCAGUUGGCAGAGUUGCAGAUAUUAUUCAGAUUCCAGCUUUCUUAUGUCGUCAGACAGAUCUUCUAGUUGCAGCCGCGAAGACUGGAAAAAUUGUUAAUAUUAAGAAAGGCCAGUUCUGUGCUCCUUCUGUCAUGAUAAAUUCUGCUGAGAAGAUUAGAUUGGCUGGAAAUCCAAAUGUGAUGGUUUGUGAAAGAGGAACUAUGUUUGGUUAUAACGAUUUAAUUGUUGAUCCUCGCAAUUUAGAAUGGAUAAGAGAGGCCAAUUGUCCUGUUGUAGCUGAUGUCACACACUCAUUGCAACAGCCUGCUGGGAAAAAGCUUGAUGGUGGAGGCGUUGCCAGUGGAGGUCUUCGUGAACUGAUACCAUGUAUUGCAAGGACAGCGGUUGCUGUUGGAGUGGAUGGAAUUUUCAUGGAGGUGCAUGAUGAUCCCUUGAAUGCGCCAUGUGAUGGUCCCACUCAAUGGCCUCUGCGUCAUUUGGAGGAACUUCUGGAAGAGCUUGUGGCAAUCGCUAGGGUAAGCAAGGGGAAGCAGCACUUUAACAUUGAUCUGACGCCAUUUCAUGAUUAGAAAGACUAAAAGCUUCUCUCGGCUGCUCUGCUUUGUUUGCAGUUUGAAGGAUGCAGACCGGAUUCAAAGUUAAAAGAAGCUGACAGAUAAAUGGAUUUAAUUGCGUUUAGUGGUGAUAGGGCUGUAGCUUGACUCAGAUAAAUUAUUGAAUUUGAAAACAUUUUUUGACAGUAUAUUUAUGAAUUAUUCCCCCCCACAAUAAUUCAGUUGUGGUUGAAUCGUCUAAACAUGAACAAAAUUAUUAUUUUAUUUGAAUUGCAGCCUGCAGGUUUACCA